AGCUAACUUCAGGCUGUGAUAUUAAGUCUUGUAAUUGCGCUGCCGUGUAUAAUAAAGGGUGAUUAUACAUGCUAAACAGCAGUAGCCGGGUCUCAAAACACAAGGUAGCUAACGGCUAACGUCAUAAGGACGAAGAUAAGCGCAGCUGUGCGCGAGGAGGGAGGGACCCUGCCUGCCUCCUAACGUUGUCGUUGGUACGUGUGCUAGCCAGCCCAGCGAGCUUUCUCGACUCCCUCAUUCACCUUCAGCAGCACCCACAAGAAGUAGUUGUCCUGUCAAGGGUGGGGUGAUACCUAAAGCUUUCAUCAACUCUGGUCUGGUGAAUUAUAUCAAGAAAGAAAGGCUUUGCGCGGUGUGAGCCGACAUCACUUCUCUGGUCUUGGGAGGAUGGAGUGGUUGCAGAGAGCUUGCAAGUCCUGAUUUCAUUUUUCCAUUAACAUGUGCUACAUAAUGCAAAUGUAGGAAUAGGAAGAUGAGAACCUUAUGAAGAACAAAGCUUUGAGCACAAACUGGACUCUCUCGGACUGGAAACCCCAUCCUGGAUGUCAUAUGCCCUCUAAACUAGCAGAAUCCUGUUGAAGACCCUUUCCCCUCACAAUCUAUUACCACUUUUUAUGUUUAUGUAUCUAUAUCCGUCUUCUAGUAUAGCUAUAGAAGUAUUGUUCCAAGGUAGUUAGCCCCAUUUUUGUUUUUAUUUUUUACUUUCACCUUUUGUUCCUUUGUAAAGAAAUGCUUUACCUGAAAAAGUACUUCACAGAGGGCCUGAUUCAGUUCACCAUCCUUCUGAGUCUCAUUGGGGUGCGGGUGGACGUUGACACCUAUCUAAGCAAUCAGCUGCCCCCACUGAGAGAGAUCAUCCUGGGCCCUAGCUCAGCCUACACCCAGACACAGUUUCACAACCUGCGCAACACGCUGGACGGCUAUGGCAUCCAUCCAAAGAGUGUGGACCUGGACCAUUUCUUCACCACUCGACGGCUGCUGAACCAGGUGCGCCAGCUGGAUCGCCUCUCCGUGCCCAGUACCGAGCUCAACACCUGGCUAGUGCAUCGUGACUCGGAGACUGUGGUGUCCCCCAGCAGCCAGUCCAGCCCCAGCAUCACCCUGGACAAUGGGGCCAGCCUAGAGGACGUUAACAACCCUGACGCUACCCCGGCCAUGAGGGGAGGAAGUGGAGCGCCUGAAUCCACGUAUAACCUGAACGCAGCGGACAGCAGCCUGGGAGCUGUGGCCCCAGAGGGCAACCAGGAGCAGGGCAGCAGAGAUGGCAACGACGACCUCACCAAGGAGGACAUUGACUUGAUUGACAUCCUAUGGAGACAGGACAUCGACCUCGGUGCAGGAAGAGAAGUGUUCAACUACAGCAACCGGCAGAAGGAGAGUGAGGAGGAGCAAAAGCCCAACCCACAUGAGAACAAAGACGGGAAUGAGGAGCAGGAGAGCUGGAGAAACGGAGUGAACCUUCAGGGUGCUCAGCCAGUGGACGGGGAGACGGGAGAGAGUAUUCCUGAGCAGCUCCCCGGCAUUGGCUCACAGACUUCACUGUCUCUACAAGAAUGUUUGAGGCUGCUGGAGGCCACUUUUCCAUUUGGAGAAGAGUCUGAGUUUCCAGCUCCGGUUGUCAACAGAGAAAUAGUUUCCAAUGAAGCUCCUUCUACAUCUCAGGGCCUUCCUCUGGCACCACAGCUGCCCCCAGCAGAGCCACAGUUAGACCUGGAGCAGCAGUGGCAGGACAUCAUGGCCAUCAUGGAACUACAAGCGAUGGAGGUGAACAACACUUCAGUUCACACCAGCUCCAGCGUCAGUGCCACUGGCACAGAUGGGACGACUGAGUCAACUGUUGGGACCUUUGAACUUUCUACUGGUGCUACACCAGUAAACCAGGAUGUCAGCCUUCACCAGGCCUCCCUCCCCAGCUGCAGCCAAGACUUCCCCCAGAUCUUCAACCCCCAGCUGGACUCUAUUAACAUCACCCCGAGAACCACCUUACCCAGGAUUUCUUCCUCCAACUCAAGCAACAUCAACUCCACGUUUGGAACCACAAACCUGACCGGGAUCUUUCUCCCUCCUCACAUCAACAGUUCUAGUAACAACAUCACAUCCACACCCAUCCUCCCUGAUCCCUUCAGCACACUGCUGGAGGAGUCCAUGCUGGAUGAGAUCAGCCUGCUGGACCUCGCCAUGGAGGAGGGCUUCAGCCAGGCCCAGGCUUCCCAGCUCGAGGAUGAGCUUGACUCAGAUUCUGGUCUUUCUCUAGACUCCAGCCAUAGUCCAGCCUCCCCAAGCAGCUCUGAGACAUCCUGCUCCUCAGCAGCAUCAUCCUCAUCCACAUCUGCCACCUUCUCAGAGGAAGGAGCCGUGGGAUACAGCACCGACUCCGAAGUCGCCACUGUGGAGCCGGAGGAGGGGGCUGUUGGAGGUUAUCAGCCCGGGUACAGUAAGCUCUGCCGUAUGAGCUAUCAGGACCCCUCCCAGUUCCACAGCCUGCCUCACCUGGACAGCAUCAGCCACAAUCAUACCUACAACCUGCCACUCUCUUCUGCGUUUGCAGAGCACCCAGAGCUCCCUAUCCCCACUGGGAAGAAAACAGUCCGCGACAAACACAACUCAAAGCUCCAGACUCAUCAGGACAUGCUCGACAAGCACUCCAGCCGUGACGAACGCCGCGCUCGUGCCAUGAAAAUCCCCUUCUCCAACGAAAAGAUCAUCAACCUACCCGUGGAGGAGUUCAACGAGCUUCUCGCCAAGCACCACCUGAGUGAAGCCCAGCUCUCCCUCAUCCGUGACAUCCGCAGGCGCGGCAAGAACAAGAUGGCUGCCCAGAACUGCCGCAAACGCAAGCUCGACACCAUCAUAAACCUGGAGCAGGGCGUCCAAGAUCUACGGCGGGACAAGGCCCGUCUGCUGAAGGAGAAGAUGGAGUUCAUCCGUUCCAUCCGACAGAUGAAGCAGAAGGUGCAGAGUCUGUACCAGGAGGUUUUCAGCCAGCUGAGGGACGAGGAGGGCCGGCCCUAUCCUCCCAGUGAGUACUCACUCCAGUACAGCGCAGACGGCAGUGUGCUGAUCAUGCCUCGCUGUGUGACGACAGCCGAGCAGAACCGAAAGCCAGAGAAAAAACAGAAAGACAAAAAGAAGUGAGGGGGGAAACUCCUGUGUAUUCUAUAACUUUGCUAAGUCAAUAAGAAAGAUUUCUGCAGAUGCAAGAGAGAUGUCCUUUUUUCCUUUAAGAAGAUUCUGGUGAGUAAAGAAAUGGCAUUGUUGACUACUCUUCCUGCAUAAGUUUCUCCCUUUUCAUUCUGUUCCUACAUUUAUUUCCUGGAAACGACUUUGAAGCUGAAGUAGCUCUACGUUUGAGUACUGAUAUUUCAUUAUUUAGUCGGGGGGAAACAAUAAGCAAGAUGAAGAGGGAUAUAAAAGGACAUAAAAUGAGCUAUUAGAAAAUUUAGCUGCUCUUGAUCCUUUUGCACCAAACCACUAAGGAUGGAGGAGAUAUGUAGGAUGAAACGAGGGACUGAGAACGAGAAAAGUCGGAGUACGAACACUGUCAACACGGAUGGUUGGAGUACCUAUGCACGGAAGGUUUUAAAGGACUAUCAGAUCACAUCCCACCCUGGAGACUUUUAGUGAUUUUCAUGGUCACUGAGGCUUUUAAGUUACAAAUCUUCAGGAUUGGAACAUCAUCCAUGGGUGUGAGAGAUUAGAUACCAAAGGUUAAAGGAAGUCCAUCAUUUUAGGAUGCUAUUAACACCUAUACUAACCAAAGGUUGUAUGGUGCACAUCAUUUGAUCUGAAUACAUCUUAAAUGCUCAAUAACUGCACUCUAUUCUGUAGGUUUGUAUUGCAGAUUCCAGUUUUUGAGUCAGUUGCAUCAAAGUUUGGAGAGCCCUGAAAGGAUUGGGUUUGUUGUGUGGCUGGAGGAUGUUGACACAAGAAAGGGUCAGAGGUUGAGUGUUCCUGGGCUGGCCGCUGCUUAAAGAGGCCUGGAGGUGAAGUCCUGCAAGAGGGGCGGAUGGAUGUUUUAUGGAGGAGGCACACUGCAUUGCUAAACGUAUCAACUUCCUUAUAAAUUAUACAUAGCACUGUAAUUUGUCUUUAAAAGGCUUGGCUAAUAUGCAUUUUGCCGUGUCUGUCGCUAUUCCUUCGCUGCAGGUUUAAAUAACGGGAGCUGCGUUUAGGAAGGCUCUUCUUAUUAUUAACUGUUCAUAAUCUGUAGUAUAAGCAAGGUUAGAAAUCAAGCCACAUCCACUUUAUGUAACAGUCUACACAUUUUUGGGUUAUUUAUUUAAAUACUCCAGAUUUAGCAGAGCUUGUAAGAGGAAUUUGAGUCUUUUUGAAGGGCCAGGAGUUCCAGAGAGUACUGUAUGAUCUCCAGCUCCAGGCUGUCACAUAUCAGAAUAAGAGAGAUCAUUUUAGAGUUGUUCUGAUACCACUACCUUGAUCUUUCGUUUACUGAGCGCCCAGAGGGUCAGGUAAGACAAAUUUAAAGCACUUUGGAAAUUGUUGCUGCAGUAUACCAAUCUGUGCGCACAGAUUUUUCAGUCUGGAGGCAUGGGUUUGUAAACUGUGUACGAAAACUUAUGCAUGGUUUAUACAACCAGGCCUCUAGAUUUGUGAACCAAGCAUUCAGAUUUAUAAACUGUGGGCAUGGUUUGGUGAGCUGUGUGCAUUGAUUUGCAAUCUGUGCACACAUAUAGUCAUCAUGUACAGAUUGAUUGGACAGUUUACCAAGCCUGCCCCUGGUUUACAAACUCACCAGUUUGCAAGCUUUUAUAAAUCUGUGCAGAGAUUUGUAAACUGUUGGAAUCGAUUUACAAACGUCUUUUUGGUGCUCCUAAUACUUUGUAUACAGCCUUAAAUUGAAUGCAAGUUAUCAGUCAGUACAUCGUUUGUCCCACACAAAUCCACAAGUUCCCUCUUCUUUAAAAGGCAGUCUAGAAAUAAUGGUUUUAGAAAAGAAUAACUGUGGCUAACAGACUUUUUGAUGAUUAUAAAAGCUAGCAAAAGUAAGCAAUCUGUUUAACAAACCUUUACAGCUUCUUUUUAAAAUUCAAAUAAAGUUAUAACUGGUAGAAUAAAGUACUUUAAUGCAGAAGAAAAAAUCAGUUUCUGAUUCUGUUAUGUUGACACAGGAGGUCAGGAGAGGCUUUGAUUCUUUUGGUUGUAUCUUUAAUGUUACGUCCUCACUCAUGACGGGCAAGAACUGCUUCCCGCUACUGAACACUAUGGAGAAGUUGACAAUUUCGGUUGCCACCGAUGUGUUUUUGCCAACUUUGUUCAAUAAUUUACUUUUUUCAGUGAAAGAAAGUUGUUCAACUAGAUGCGCUGCCCCUCGGUUCCCAGGAGGCUGCCAAAAUUCUUACGAGGAUCGGCUUUGUCUUUUCUGAGGUUGACAAAAAUAGAUUUGCACCUAUUAACUACAAUCAUGAUUAAACAAUUAUGUAAUGCAUCAUACCAAGGUCUUUGGUUAAGAUGAACAUGUGUAGACCAUUUUUUCUUGAAUUUUUAUCGAUGAAAUAACUAAAUCGAUGUUGGUUUUGAAGGCAAUGUCAAAAAUCCUUGGCGGGUCCACAAGGACGGAAGGUUACGAACAACUGCACUAACUGAUGAGACAAGCUCAGGUAUUACUUCUACAGGACCUCUCAGCAGACUCACAGAGGAGCAAUCAAAUUAAACAGACACUCUACUGACAGUGAUCCUGACAGUUAAGAACCAGUUAGUAAGCACUUAAUAAUUAAGAAUUUCUGACUCUUAACCUCCCAAUAGGCAGCAGUUCUGACCGAAAAAUACCAAAACAAUGGCAGUGGUGGAAGCUUUCUCCUCUACUGUAAUUGCACCAGUACGUUAACAUCACUGAAGCUAAGUUUUGCCUUACACCUUUCUGAUUUUAGGGAUUUAAGCUAUGUUUCUACCAGGUGGUCCAGAUUGAUUGACUACAGUUUGGUAUGGUAAUCCCCAAAAUAGUUUGCAUUUCCAGUCACCUGUACCCUCAUUUAGCGGGUGGACAUCACAGGCAGAAAUCAGUAGGGAAGAAGCGGUAAAUGGCUUUAUUUCAGCAGAAAAGUGCCAACAUUUCAAUAACUACAUAUUGAUGAUAUUCACAGCGGUCAGUAUAGUUCAGUGAUCAUCAACUGGCAGACUAGGGGCCACGUUAGGCCCCCUUAAUCCUCCCAUCCGACCCCAUAGCAUCCCCAACUUUAUAAUGUGCAGAGGAAAAGAUAUGCUGUAGUAUUUUUUUUAUUCUUAUUUUUUUAAGUAAGCUCCUAACAGUUAUUAAAACAAGUCCAAAAACAAUUUAGGUUGAAACAGUUUCAUCAGGAAUGACUUUGUUUUUUUUGUUUUGCUUUUUUUGUUUGUUUGUUUUUUGUUUUUUUUUUCUCAGAAAACCACCUGUCAGCUGUUAAUAGCGAAUAUGAUGCAUGUUAACAAGAAUUUAUCAAUCUAUGUCAACUUUUGCUUCAGGAAUAGUCAGCUAAAAUAUCUCAAUCGCCCCCUUGUGGCUGGCUGAGAUAAAUAGGACUGAUCUCACUGUUAGAGCCUAUGAACUUCAUAUAUUUGAGAGAAAAUGAAAAUAUUUGAACAAAAACAUGUUAAUGAGACCAUUUUAAACAUUUCUAUAGUUUAGGUGAUCUGCUCCCAAAGUGCCUGUGUAGGAAAAAGCUGGCCCUUGUCCAGAUGUUGUUGAUGACCCCUGGUAAAGAUCCUCAGCUCAUGGUAAAUGUUUAUAGAAAUAUUUGAGCUGUAACAUUACACUAAAUAAGCCUCAAGAGGAAGCUGGGCUUUUACAGCAGCUACCACAAGUAUUUAGUUAGUGAUAAAUGUAAUUUAAACUCUACUCCACUCUCCUUCCUUUUACCUUAGAGGAAAAUCAAAACCUUAAAUUUCAUCAGAUCAACCAUAUGGUAAAAUAUAGGCAUGUAAGGACAAUGUUUUAUGUUUUAUACAUCUACAUUAAGUCCCGCUGCCUUUUGUAAACUAACCUGACUUCUGUUUGGUUGAAUACAGAAUGUAUUCCUGUUAAGGCUUCAUGAAGUGAAUGCUUUAACAGUUUAUUUGACAUAAAAUAAAAGCUAAGAGUUGUACCAUGGUAAUUUGUUUUUAAAAGUAAGACAGGGUACAUACAUCUUGUUUGAUGAAAUACCCUAAAGUUUUGCAGAUUUAAAAAGACGCAGUGAUCUUUUCACUGAUUACCUGAAGUAAAUGAAUCACUUCAAUAAGGAGGAGCAACUGAUCUAAAGCUUUAUAUUAACAAAACAUUGACAUUAUCCAUCACUGAUGAAUCAGGCUGAUGUGUGCCUUCAGACUUUUCUUUGUGUGCUUGAAAUCAGGUCCACAUUAAAGUCAGGAAACCUGAUUUGUGACCACAUAUAAAUGCCAACAGUCCAGCAAACAGUUUUGAUCUGUCGAGUUCAAAUAUCCCUAAAUUUAGCAGAUAUUUGUCUGUUUUUCUCUCAUUCUUUCCCACUCCUCAUAGAACAGACAGCUUUGUCACUCAGCUCAGCUGAGCAGUCGUGCACACUGAAAAUGACUCCAGUAGGGAAGCUUGGCACCUCUCCAGAAGGGUGCCAAAAAAGUAGGAUGACACGGGUCAGUUAUUUUGGACCCUUUCCAUCUUUUUUGAUAGUGGAAACAUAAACACACUGUGCUGUACCAAACUCAACGGGACUGCUUAGUGGAAACAACCUAUUAAGUAGUGUCCCUGUGCUGUGUUAGGGUCCAAAGAUGCAAAAAUGUUCAGCUUAAAUUCAUAGCCCAGUUUUUGGGGGUGAUCAGGUGAUGUAAACAUGCAUUGUUUUAGAAUAACAUCCUGGUGCUGCAGCUCCACACAGUUUUCAGUAGUAGCUUUUCUUGCCCUCCAGACCUCUUCAUGAUCACAUGACUGACUGAUUUCAAAAUGAAUAAUAGCUUGUACAUUGUUUCUAUUGUUCUCAGAAUUUAAAUCAGGUUUAUGGCCAAGUAUUUUUACAGGUAAGAGGAAAAAAAAACUGUAUGAACUCACUAAACAAAAAAGUAUGCGCCAUCAUCAUCAUCCUAGCAAACUGGACGGGUACUCAGUCGAGGUAUUUAAAUAAGAAUCGAGAAGGAAAACGGUAUCAGAACAUCUCUAACUGGUUCAACUCUCCUUAUUGUUGCCUAGUUUUUAAGUGCAGCUUAAAACAGGCCGGGUCGUCGCUGUCGUGUAGCAGCAUUUCUUUGAAGUAAUGUUUCCCAACAGAGAGUCACUGGGGGUAACUUUUUAACUGCUGUAAAAGCCGAGCAAAUGGCUUUAAUAUCAUACGUCCUGUUUUUAAGGUUUUUUUGUUUCUAACAAAGUGGGCCGAGGUGUUAAAUGAGGUUCUCUGAAUGCGUCAGUGUGCGUCGCGGCCACUUUGAUUUGAAUGCCUUUCUUUCACAAACUCAUUAUCUUCACUUUAAAUGUUUUGAGAACCGAAGGAAAAACGUUCUCAAAGUAGAAGUGCUAUUACUCGUCUUUUUGAAUGAAGUUUGUCGGUACAUGUUGCAUCGCCCUCUUUAUGAAAAUAAAAAAAUAGAUCAGUUGUUGCAGCUGAGAUAGCAGUUAGGUUAGAAUAUCAAGAGGCUGAAGUGAAGUCGCAACAUUAAAGAUGAUGUCCAAAAAAAUAGUCUUGAAGGAGAAAUGUCCUCAUUAAAUGUUAUUCAGGCAUGAUACUCCGGUUAUCAUUCACUUCAGUGUAACCCAGUGCGACACCAACUAUUUAGUACUGCUACUACUUAGUGCACUUUUUUUGUCUGUCUUGUUCUGUAAAUAUUUUCAUGUUUGUGUUCGUCAUGAUUUAUGUCGUUUGUCAAAUGUCUCCAUAACGGUCUCACCCUCUGCUUUCAGUUUGGAUGUAGUUCCCUCUGUUUGAGAUAUUUGCUGGCAAUCGAGAAUUGUUUUUAUUGAUUAAUAAAGUGUUUUUAUUUUCA